AUGCAAACAAAUAUUACUUCAACAAAAAUGUCAAUUUUAGUAACUGGUGGAACAGGAGUUGUUGGUAGACAAGUUGUCAAAUCAUUAGAACUUAGAGAAAAAAAUAUUAAUAUUAGAGUUGGUGGUCGUGAUCAAGACAAAUGUAAUCAAUUGGGAUUUGGUAAGAAUUCAACUUUUACUAGAUUCGAUUUCAUGGAUCCAACAACAUGGGAUAAAUCAUUAGAAGGUGUUGAUAGAGUUUUCUUAAUUGCCUUGCCAAUGGAUCCAACACCAGAGAAAAGCUUAGGACCAUUCAUUGAGAAAUGUAAAGAGAGAAAGUUAAAGAAAAUCGUUGUCCUCUCUGUCAUCGAUGCUGAACGUGUACCAUUGGUAAAGAUUGAACAAAUGGUUCAAGGUUCUGGAUUGACAUUUGUCAUUUUGAGACCACCAUUUUUCUCUGAGAAUUUCUCUGAAGGUUUCAUGAAACACGAUAUUGACCAAGGCACCAUUCGUGUACCAGUUGGUGAACAUUCAGUCAAUUGGAUUUCAACUCACGACAUUGGUGAAUGUGCUUCCAUAGUUCUCAUGGACAGUAAAUUCGAUGGCAGAACCAUUGAAAUCACUGGUCCAAAACCAAUCAAUUUCAAAGAACUCUCUGAAGUCGUCUCGAAGAAUGUUGGUAAACAAAUUAGAUUUGAAGAUAUUAAACCACAAGAAUACAAGAAAUGUCUCAUGGAUAGAGGUAUCAGUGAACCAUCUGCAAACUAUCUCAAUGAAUUGUUCACUUCUGCUCGUGAAGAUAAACUUUCAAAAUGUACAAAAGGUGUUAAUGAAAUCACUGGUCAUGAUCCAAGAUCCUUUGAACAAUUUGCCAAAGAAACUUUCUCAAAUACAAGUGGUAGUUGUACUUCUAAACCAGUUAUAUAA